AUGCCGCGGGGGGACCGCGGAGACGCGCCGAAGCGGUGCGUCGUCGUCGUCGUCGUCGCGUCGAACCCGCCCUCGUCCGCGCGCCUCCGAACCCGCGCGCGCCUUCGACGUCGAAAACCAAAUCUCGUUCUUUUCUGGUGCCGACCUAAACGCGCGACGCUCCGCUCAUCGUCCCUCCGUCCGUCCACCCGCAGGCGCUCGCGGAGCCGCAGCCGCGACCGGCGCGACCGGUCGCGGGGGAAAGACCGCGGUCGGAGCCGCGAUCGAUCGCGCUCGAGCGCGUCGAGCGCGUCGCGGUCGUCGCGGUCGCGGUCGCGGUCGCGGUCGCGGCGCGAGAGCAAGAGCCGUCGACGACGACGGCGCCGGCGUCGGAGCGAUCGGAAGAAGAGCGAGCGUCGGAAGAAGCGGCGCCGACGACGCUCCCGCAGCAGCAGCAGCAGUCGCAGCAGCAGCAGCAGUCGCAGCAGCAGCAGCAGCAGCUCGAGCCGCAGCGCGUCGUCUUCGUCCUCAUCGCGCGGCGGGCGCAAGAAGAAGAGGCGCGACCGGGACGACGCCGCCGACGGCGCGGCGCUCGCGGCGACGGCGUAUUACGGCGGCGACUCCGUCGUCGGCGGCGUCGUCCCGUCCAUGCUCGAGAAGAUCAUCGCGAGCUCGAAAGCGCGGAACGCCGCGAGGGCGAUGGACGCGGCGAACCGCGCGGCGGGGGCGCUCGCGGUGACGGCGGAGACGUGGAUGCCGACGGACCCGUCCGUCGUGCUCGCCGCGCCGCCGCCGCCGCCGCCGACGAGCGGGGGCGCUCGCUCGGCGGCGAUGCCGUCGAUGCCGUCGAACGCGGGGCCGUCGAACUUCGAGGUGUGGGAACAGUUCGGGAAGAUGGCGAAGUCCGCGAUGGCGCCCAAGGUGGAGACGCAGACGGUGCAGGUCACGACGCGCGGCGCGGAAGUCGUCAAGAGGGCGCUCGAGGCGGUGCGCGAAGAAAACGGCGGGAAUCACGGGGAUGGGAAUCCCGGGGACGGCGGCGAGCUCGGGACGUCGGACUGGCUGCGACAGGUCCUGACCGCGGGCGGUCUGAAACCCCCGAACGGCGGCAGUUACUUGGACGAGGACGGCGCGGAGACGGCGGCGGCGGACGCCGCGUCGUGCCUCGUCCCCGAGUCCGUCGGAGGCAACGACGACUGGGAAAAGUUCCCGGAGCGUCGCCCGAAGCCGCGCGUCCCAGCGGCGAUCGCCAACGGCGGUCCGUUCGCGUCCACGCGCAUAUCCCUCCCCGUGUACGCGUUCAGAGAGGCUCUGAUCGAGGGCAUCGAUCGCAACCGGGUCACGAUCGUCGAGGGCGACACCGGCUGCGGGAAGACCACGCAAGUCCCGCAGUACGUCUUAGAAGAGGCGACGAGGAGACACGAGCCGGUGUACGUGAUGUGCACGCAACCGCGGCGCAUAAGCGCCAUGGGCGUCGCCGCGCGCGUCGCGGAGGAGCGCGGCGAGGAGCUCGGCGCCACCGUCGGGUACUCCAUCCGGUUGGAGACGAAAGCCGGCGCGAAGACGCAGCUCUUGUUCUGCACCACGGGGGUGCUCCUCCGAAGGAUGGAGACCGACCCGCUGCUCGAGACCGUCUCGCACGUCUUCAUCGACGAGGUCCACGAGCGCGGCGUCGAGAGCGACUUUCUGCUGAUGACGCUGCGGGACGUCAUGACGAGGAACGCGAGGUUGAAGCUCAUCUUGAUGUCCGCGACGAUGGACGCGAAUUUAUUCUCGGCGUAUUUCGGGGACGCGCCGACGUUUAGCGUUCCAGGGCGCGCGUACCCGGUCACGGCGUACUACUUAGAGGACUGCGUGGAGAUGACGAGGCACGUCGUGGAGCAAAACGCGGACUGGGCGCGGUGGCGGCGACGACCCGGGGAGGGAUUUCGGCGCCCGCCGAACACGCCGACGCAGUUCCUCGACGACGAGCACCUCAACGAGGAAGAACUCCGACGGCGGUACGCCAAGUACAGGCGCGUUCUAUCUCACACUGGUUCCCAUACGACCGCGCUCGCGUGGUGA